CUAAAGACUCCAGACCAUCAGUCCAGGGCUUAGUCAGCGGGGCCCGGAGUGGCUUCCCUGGCUGGCAUCUGGACUUAGGCUAUUUCCGUGCACGUAAAAGCGGAAUAUUGGAACGGUUGCACAGAACUUCCAAAUAAUUUUUACCGCCACUUAAGAUUUAGCCCUGAGGUCUUAAUCUCAGGAUUUGGGACAGUAAAAGCUGUCGUCCCUCCCCCUCGUCCAGCCGGUGGCAACCGGGUACUGCGGGCGGUUCCGUCCGUCCCCUUUCGCAGAAAUGGCAACGAAUGACCACCAGCAUUAGCUGAGCCAGGGGACGUGGGAGGCUUGAUUGCCUAAACGACUCUGCAUCGCCGCCUCUUUUUGAAACUAAGAGAAAAUGGUGGGAGAUCAAAAGAAAACUAAAUAAACACACAGGCAACUUGUCCUGGGACCUCAACUAAGCAAAUGAAGCCUUAUUGUGUGUGCUGAGCCUGCAGUUCCCAACCUUCCGGGGAAGAUGGGAGGACAGGGCGACAAAGGGCACAGUAGGCUUGCCUGGCAGUAAGUAUGACCGCAGCUAUCCAGGCGGAAGAGCAGAGGACUGAAACCACCCUCCAGCAAGCGAGUGUCCGCCGCGUUGAGAACCGCGCACCCUACCCAUCGGCCACGUGACCAGUCCUUUUUAAAAAAAUUUCUUUACCUUAAAAAAAAAAGGUGGUGGAGAGACUCCACUUCCCAGAAGCCUCUCGUUACUCACGCAGCCGCAGUCUUGCGCAGGCGCCUCCAGGGCCAAACGGACAUAUCCGUCACGUGGCCAGAAGCUGGCCAAUCCGGUUUGAAUCUCAUUUUUUUCCUCUUACCCCCCCCUUCUGGAGCGGUUGUGCGAUCAGAUCGAUCUAAGAUGGCGACUGUCGAACCGGUGAGUAUUGCCUUUGGCCCCCACCCCCACAGGUCCCCGCGCUCCGUCUCCCUUCUGACUGAGGGACUCCGCGGGACGGCGUUCCGGGCGCGCACUGUACCCCUUGCCGCCCCCUCCCCCUCAUGUUGGACCUGACCUCCCGCGGACAAGUGGGGACGUCCCGGAGGCUGGCCGAGGCGGCGUGUAGCGCACACUUUCUGGAAACCACCCCUACUCCUAAUCCCCCGACUACAGAAGAGGAGAAAACGGAAUCUAAUCAGGAGGUUGCUAACCCAGAACACUAUAUUAAACAUCCUCUACAGAACAGAUGGGCACUCUGGUUUUUUAAAAAUGAUAAAAGCAAAACUUGGCAAGCAAACCUGCGGCUGAUCUCCAAGUUUGAUACUGUUGAAGACUUUUGGGCUCUGUACAACCAUAUCCAGUUGUCUAGUAAUUUAAUGCCUGGCUGUGACUACUCACUUUUUAAGGAUGGUAUUGAGCCUAUGUGGGAAGAUGAGAAAAACAAACGGGGAGGACGAUGGCUAAUUACAUUGAACAAACAGCAGAGACGAAGUGACCUCGAUCGCUUUUGGCUAGAGACACUUCUGUGCCUUAUUGGAGAAUCUUUUGAUGACUACAGUGAUGAUGUAUGUGGCGCUGUUGUUAAUGUUAGAGCUAAAGGUGAUAAGAUAGCAAUAUGGACUACUGAAUGUGAAAACAGAGAAGCUGUUACACAUAUAGGGAGGGUAUACAAGGAAAGGUUAGGACUUCCUCCAAAGAUAGUGAUUGGUUAUCAGUCCCACGCAGACACAGCUACUAAGAGCGGCUCCACCACUAAAAAUAGGUUUGUUGUUUAAGAAGACACCUUCUGAGUAUUCUCAUAGGAGACUGCGUCAAGCAAUCGAGAUUUGGGAGCUGAACCAAAGCCUCUUCAAAAAGCAGAGUGGACUGCAUUUAAAUUUGAUUUCCAUCUAAAUGUUACUCAGAUAUAAGAGAAGUCUCAUUCGCCUUUGUCUUGUACUUCUGUGUUCAUUUUUUUUUUUUUUUUUUUUUUUUUGGCUAGAGUUUCCACUAUCCCAAUCAAAGAAUUACAGUACACAUCCCCAGAAUCCAUAAAUGUGUUCCUGGCCCACUCUGUAAUAGUUCAGUAGAAUUACCAUUAAUUACAUACAGAUUUUACCUAUCCACAAUAGUCAGAAAACAACUUGGCAUUUCUAUACUUUACAGGAAAAAAAAUUCUGUUGUUCCAUUUUAUGCAGAAGCAUAUUUUGCUGGUUUGAAAGAUUAUGAUGCAUACAGUUUUCUAGCAAUUUUCUUUGUUUCUUUUUACAGCAUUGUCUUUGCUGUACUCUUGCUGAUGGCUGCUAGAUUUUAAUUUAUUUGUUUCCCUACUUGAUAAUAUUAGUGAUUCUGAUUUCAGUUUUUCAUUUGUUUUGCUUUUGUUUUUUUCCUCAUGUAACAUUGGUGAAGGAUCCAGGAAUAUGACACAAAGGUGGAAUAAACAUUAAUUUUGUGCAUUCUUUGGUAAUUUUUUUUGUUUUUUGUAACUACAAAGCUUUGCUACAAAUUUAUGCAUUUCAUUCAAAUCAGUGAUCUAUGUUUGUGUGAUUUCCUAAACAUAAUUGUGGAUUAUAAAACAUGUAACAUCAUAAUUACAUUCCUAACUAGAAUUAGUAUGUCUGUUUUUGUAUCUUUAUGCUGUAUUUUAACACUUUGUAUUACUUAGGUUAUUUUGCUUUGGUUAAAAAUGGCUCAAGUAGAAAAGCAGUCCCAUUCAUAUUAAGACAGUGUACAAAACUGUAAAUAAAAUGUGUACAGUGAAUUGUCUUUUAGACAACUAGAUUUGUCCUUUUAUUUCUCCAUCUUUAUAGAAGGAAUUUGUACUUCUUAUUGCAAGGCAGUCUCUAUAUUAUGUCUUCUUUUGUGGUGUCUUCCAUGUGAACAGCAUAAGUUUGGAGCACUAGUUUGAUUAUUAUGUUUAUUACAAUUUUUAAUAAAUUGAAUAGGUAGUAUCAUAUAUAUGGAAUUAAAUUGAUGUGGCUAUCUUUGUUUUUUUAUAAAGUAAGGCACAGUCCUUCAGUCUUAGGUAAAUAAUGUACUCUCUUAAUAUGUUAAUACUCAUGAGAAUUGGGAUCUGAUGCAUCACCAUUUGAUUGGUAGCAACAGUGGUUGUAAAACUUGGUUGCUGAAUUGAGUUGUUUCUAUGUAAGUGUCAAAAUGAUAGUGUAGGGAAAGUACAGGUGGUGGGGACAUAUGCAUUAAGAAUUCUGUUAGUGUUGCAAUCUAAAUAGAAUGGAAUAAACAGGUAUUAAGACAUAUUUAUAGUGGUAAAUUGUUGUAGUAUGGUAUUCUGUAAACUUGAAAACUUGAUCUACUCUUUGUAGGUAUCAUUUGAAAGCAAACUUGAAAAUGUUUUGUACAUAGUACAUACUUGUAUAGUCCUGUGAAAUGAAGUAUGGCUAUCAGACCAAAGGAUAAGCCAAACUGUAGGUAGCAGAAUGGAAAUUAUUAGUUUGAGAGGAAAAUUUGUCUUUGAAUGGUGAUUAUGACUUAAAUCAUUUUAAAACUGAUAAACUUGACAAAAACCCUGUAUGAAAUAAACAUGAAAUUAAUAGCACUGA